AUGAAUACAUCCGACUCAUCGGCACCACCUCCGACAGUUCCCAGUACCUCUAGAGGAACCAAAAACAACCACUCAUCGUCACGCUCGCCUACGGAUUCAGCCCUGUCAUCCUCCUUCGGCAGCACCCGGUCCCAAUCAAGCUUUUCAUCUAGAAAACAUGUGCGUAACCCAAACCCAGCUCAGAGCUCGUCCCAAUCCACCGAGUCCACGCCAAUCAACACACCCGGUCCCGCGGGGCGCAACUAUCAGUCCACGGAGCAAACAACUGCUUCCCAGCUGAAAGACCUUCAACUAAACAAUGCAAACCGUGGGAAUGGUAGCCAGCCAACGAAUCAAGACUCGACUUCCGAGCCCCGGCAGUCCUGGUAUAGUCAAUUUGCAGAUCGAUAUGGCAGCCUCGAACUAGAGAACAAAGGCAGUGUGGCCCGCGACCACCUCGCAUUGGAACGAACCUUUCUAGCCUGGAUGCGUACCUCCCUAGCCUUCGCCUCAAUCGGUAUCGCAGUAACACAGCUCUUCCGCCUGAACAAUUCCUCGUCAAAUACACAAGCCAAAUUCUCCGACUCGGCAUCCGCUUUAAAGCCAGGAAUUCUUCCACCACAUUUUGCCUCGUCUGGCUACGAUUCAGCCGCGUUCCAUGUCUCCUCUACAUCAGCUCGUCUUCGUAGCGUGGGCAAACCGCUCGGCUCGACUUUCAUCGGCGUCUCGAUCCUUAUCCUUAUUAUUGGCUUCCACCGCUACUUCCAGAGCCAGUAUUGGAUUAUUCGUGGGAAGUUCCCGGCUAGUCGGGGCAGCGUAGCACUUACGGCGUUUGUGGCUGCUUCGCUGAUCAUAACUACUCUUGCGGUCAUCUUGGCGAUUUCGCCAGGGGCUGUUGAGACUUAG